CUAUCCUGACCGGAUGGUGUUUGUGUAGAGGAAGUUUUGUUUUGCGAGUUUGUCCGUCCGUUUUCGACUGACUGAGUAUUUAGUUAAUGCGCUUAAAAGAACACGAAAUGAUAUUAGUGUGAACUGCAUUACCGGCAACCGCUCAAGUGUUCAAGGGGAGAAUAAAAAGCCCGAGCUGUUUUGAAAGCGGCGGAAACUCAACACUUUCAGAGUAACCCGAGAGCACCUUGCCUGCUAAGCUAACGUUACCCAUAUAGUUAGCGCGGCUAACGUUAGCCUCUGGUCCGUUGUGUGGAAGGGGCUCUCCGAGCUAACGAAGCCAUGGGGAACCGGGGCAUGGAAGACCUGAUUCCCCUCAUCAACAAGCUUCAAGACGCGUUCAGCACCAUUGGCCAGAGUUGCAAUUUAGACCUUCCUCAGAUCGCUGUGGUCGGCGGGCAGAGCGCUGGAAAAAGCUCAGUCUUGGAAAAUUUUGUUGGCAGGGACUUUCUUCCACGUGGAUCAGGCAUUGUUACCCGUAGACCUCUCAUUUUGCAACUGGUCAACAAUAAAGCAGAAUAUGCUGAAUUCCUGCACUGCAAAGGGAAGAAGUUUGUGGAUUUUGAUGAAGUGCGGUCGGAAAUCGAGGCAGAGACUGACAGGAUAACAGGGUCCAACAAAGGCAUCUCUCCCGUUCCAAUUAACCUGAGGGUCUACUCCCCACACGUGCUGAACCUGACCCUGAUCGACCUUCCGGGAAUGACUAAGGUUGCCGUGGGAGACCAGCCCAUAGACAUCGAGCACCAGAUCAGGGAUAUGCUGAUGCAGUUCAUCACUAAGGAGAGCUGUCUGAUCCUGGCUGUCACCCCUGCAAACACUGACCUGGCCAAUUCUGACGCUCUGAAGAUCGCCAAGGAGGUGGACCCACAAGGUAUGCGUACCAUUGGUGUUAUAACAAAACUGGACCUGAUGGAUGAAGGGACGGAUGCAAAGGACAUCUUCGAAAAUAAACUACUGCCACUGCGUAGAGGGUACAUUGGUGUUGUGAACCGCAGCCAGAAAGACAUCGAUGGGAAGAAGGAUAUUCGUGCUGCUCUGGCUGCAGAGAGAAAGUUCUUCCUCUCCCACCCUGCCUACAGACAUAUUGCAGAGCGUAUGGGUACACCACAUCUACAAAAGACACUCAACCAGCAAUUGACCAACCACAUCAGGGAUACUCUGCCUGGUCUGCGCAGUAAGCUGCAGAGUCAGCUCCUGUCCCUGGAGAAGGAGGUGGAGGAGUACAAGAACUUCCGUCCAGAUGACCCGACACGCAAGACCAAGGCCUUGUUGCAGAUGGUGCAGCAGUUUGGUGUGGACUUUGAGAAGUGCAUUGAGGGCUCUGGGGACCAGGUGGACACCAAUGAGCUGUCUGGUGGCGCCAAGAUCAACCGCAUCUUCCAUGAACGCUUCCCCUUUGAACUGGUCAAGAUUGUGUUUGACGAGAAGGAGCUAAGGCGAGAAAUCAGUCAUGCAAUCAAGAACGUACAUGGUGUCAGAACGGGGCUGUUCACUCCAGACCUGGCGUUUGAGGUCAUCGUGAAAAAGCAGAUCGUUAAGCUGAAAACACCCUGUCUCAAAUGUAUCGAUCUGGUCAUUCAGGAGCUCAUCAACACAGUCAGGCAGUGCACCAACAAGCUCAAUUCGUACCCCAGACUGCGAGAGGAGACUGAGAGGAUUGUCACCACCCACGUCAGAGAAAGAGAAGGGAAGACGAAGGACCAGGUUCUGCUGCUGAUUGACAUUGAGCUGUCCUACAUCAACACCAACCAUGAGGACUUCAUUGGCUUUGCUAAUGCCCAGCAGAGGAACACAGCUGCAAACAAGAAGAGGGCCAUACCCAACCAGCUUGGCGGCCUGGGAGAGGUCCACGAGGAGAAGGUGAUCAGGAAAGGCUGGCUAACCAUCAACAUCAGCAUCAUGAAGGGCGGCUCCAAGGAGUACUGGUUUGUCCUGACUGCAGAGUCCCUGUCCUGGUACAAAGAUGAGGAGGAGAAAGAAAAGAAAUAUAUGCUGCCACUGGAUAACCUGAAACUCAGAGAUGUGGAGAAAGGCUUUAUGUCCACAAAGCACAUCUUUGCAAUCUUCAACACCGAACAGAGGAACGUGUACAAGGAUCUUCGCCAAAUAGAACUGGCCUGUGAUUCUCAAGAGGAUGUGGACAGCUGGAAAGCAUCCUUCCUCAGGGCAGGAGUUUAUCCGGAGAAGGACCAGACCGAGAAUGAAGAUGCUGCCCCUGCAGACACAUUCUCUAUGGACCCUCAGUUGGAGCGGCAGGUGGAAACCAUCCGCAACCUGGUGGAUUCGUACAUUGGCAUCGUCAACAAAUCCAUCAGAGACCUGAUGCCCAAGACCAUCAUGCAUCUCAUGAUCAACAAUGCAAAGGAUUUCAUCCACUCGGAGCUGCUGGCCUACCUCUACUCUUCUGGGGACCAGAACAGCCUCAUGGAGGAGUCGGCUGACCAGGCCCAGCGUAGAGACGAAAUGUUACGCAUGUAUCAUGCGCUCAAGGAGGCACUGCACAUUAUUGGUGACAUCAGCGUCAACACAGUCUCCACCCCAGUACCCCCGCCUGUUAAUGACGGCUGGAUCCAAGAAGCCAGCCCAACCCCUCAGCGUAGGCCGCCUCCUUCAGCAGCCCCACCUCCCAGCCGUCCACCUGCCGUUCGGGGCCCAACACCAGGACCACCCAUGAACCCAUCCCCUGCCUUUCCGCUCAACCCCUCGCCCGCCUUUGGUGCACCACCAAUCCCAUCUCGCCCAGGCCCACCCAUCAAUGCCUACAACAGCAACCUGGAUCCCUUCAGUGCACCCCCACAGAUCCCCUCUAGGCCAGCCCGCGUCCCACCCGGUGUACCCAGCCGAAGACCCCCUGGCGCUCCUUCUCACCGGCCUACCAUUAUCCGCCCUGCUGAGCCCUCCCUGCUAGACUAGACCUGUGGCCAAGCCCACCUAAGUGUGUGUGUUUGUGUGUGGGUGUGUGUAUCUGCACACAAAAGGCCAGGGCCAGGGCCGGGGCUCGAGGGGAGGGGUCGACUGAUAGCGGUGCAUAAUGUACAUCGUCCAGCCGUAUUAAAAGGUCUCUUCAAGCAAUGUAAUAAGCUGCUAAUACCGUCUUUAUCAGUGCACAUGAACGAGAGAAAGCCCUUAACCACUUGAAUAUUACAUUUGACUGCUGUGGUAAUUCUGUAAUACAAAAUAAAACCCAGCUGAUCUGUAGGAUGCAUUUAACUUCUAUCAGUAGGAGAUGAUGUAUCAAAUUCAGUUCAAUAGCUUUUUUUUUAUUGUAAUAACUGGUUUAUUUCCUAUGACAAGGUUCCCGGCAGAAGCUUAUUAAAUAACUUAUUAACUCUUACAGGCUGGCUUUACUCUCCCCUCCCUGAACCUUUUUAGAUUGGCCCAGAGCCCAAUUCUCAAUCUCUAUGUAAUAUACACACUUAACCUGUUGUCAAUGUUUAACUGGGUUUUCAUUUUCUAACUGAUUUCAUACGGAAAAAAAACAAUAGCUUAUUAUCACUGUUAUUAUUUUGGCGAUGUUGAUUACAUUUUUUUUUCUUGUGUUAUUAUAUUUGAGUGACUUUGUCCCUUUUAAUGAGUGUCAUAAAUGUAGCUUUAAAAAUGAAAUUCUAAUCACAGAAAACAAAGCAUAAAGACACAGGGCACGGUUGAAUGAGACUGAGAGAGUAGCUGACAGCCAGAUUGACCAUUAUUAUCCAAGCACUUCUAACCAUCUAGCCUUACAACAAGCCGCUCAUAAAGGGGAUGUUGUAGUCCGUUCCCAGAACACUAUGCACCAAAAACCCAGGAGAGAGAGACAGAAUGAAGGCUGUCUGCACUUCGUAGGAUGGUUUCUCUCCACAAAUUCUGAGUGGUUAAAGCCCUGAAUUUUAAUCCCUUUAGUCUCAGCUGAACCCCAAUGAGACUUUCAGCCUUCGGGUAGACUUUGUUCAUUCCUGGAUUAGCUGAUUCAUAUAGAGCAGAGCACACAGUACAGUUUCCUCUCAAAGAGGAUGGAACUCAGUGAAGCAGUGGGGUGUGUAGUAUCUGUGAUUUAGAGUAUAAAGAUGGUAUUAAGCAUUUAGGAGUUGGCACAUCUCUUUUUGGGCUCAGUUGUUAAGGACAUUUAUUAUUGCUAUUAGUUCUGCUUCCAUGCAUUAAAAAUAUAAUUGUAUAUAGCUGGCCUAUACUUGGGGAGUUAGCACUUGUAUCUCAUUUAAUCGCAGGGUUGGUGACAAACACAAGCAAUUGAUUUUAAUCAAAGCCCAACAUGUUAAAAUGCAACUGUAGUAUUCAUAUUAAAGGAAGCACUAACACUGUCAUGUCAUAGAUUAGCCUUGGAUGUGGGGAAAAAGAGAUUGGUUAUCUCCUGGUGCAUUAUUUAUAACCUGGGCAUUUGUCAUUUCAUUUGAUGUUUUUGGUUGCAAUUGUAUCAGCUCUGUACAUCUCAGCUCCCCAGCUUCUCUUGGACUGUUAUUUGGGGUUCUGCUACAGGGAUUAGCUUUUUUAAAUGUGUUGUAUGUUGGGAGGGCACUUGGGGCAGGACAUUGUCUGCACAUCUGUGAUUAUUUGAUAAUGAAAUUUUGAUUGGUCUGUGAGGGUAUUUGACCUUUUAAAACCAACUUUUCUUGAACAUGUUUAGGCCUUCAGGGGGAUAAUCGGACUGACAUUGCGCUACUAGGAUGUUUUCUGUUUUUGGUUUGAUCAGUAGUGGUGGUGAUCAGGUGGUGGGAACUGUGGUCUAUCAAAGCACACUCUGUCUAGAGAAACUGUCUAGACUAUUUUCAAAAACUGAGCAUAGAAACUUGAUUUGCCAACCUGAAAAGACAGAUAAACUGUAAAAAAAAAAAACCACAGACUCUUGAGACAGUGUGUGCUUUUCCUUCCUCUGUAAUGUCCCUACAGGUCUGGCUUUCAGUGACAGUGCCAGAAGGUGUAAAAUAUGCUUAUAAACAGCAAAUCUUAAACCCCUGCUACACAAAAAUGACCACAACUUCUUAUUGUGCAAACAUUUGUUGAAAUUCCCUCGUGCCUGUCACUUCCGCCUGCCCUUGAGAAGCCCAGACUGUAAAUACCCUGUUAUACAUUAGGUUGUGGCAAUACUGCCUUUUUGCCUAAUGGAUGUACCCUGCUUCCUCUUUCCAUCCCCUUUCUGAAUCUGGUGGAAGGGGUUGGAAACCAACCUGCAAAAAUCUCUUUUCUUUUUGUUUUGCAAACCCUUGUCAAGUGCCUCUGUAGCAAUUAAUUGAUUUGAAUAAACGUGAACUGAUUUUAGAAUGGAGAGUAAAUAAAGAGGUGUUGUGUACAAUAAAAGGGACUGGCUCUGGUG